CCCUGCGAGGAGGAGGAGGAGGAGGAGGAGGGCGGCCGGGCCGGGGGAAGGAGCAGCAGCAGCGGCCGCCAGGGCUCUGUGGGGCAGCUCCGGGGCAGCUGCCGGGGCCGGUGCCGGUGCCCAUGGCCGGGGAGAUGCCGGGGGAGCCCCGCACGCUGCGGCUGCAGCACGGGAACCGCAUCGAGGCCCUGUGCGUGCUGGGCGGCCACGUCCGCGCCGACGUCUUCGGGGCGGCCCCCGCCGGGGCCGUGGCCUUUGGCGUGAAGCACACGGAGGGGGUCAGCGUGGACGUGCUGUUCCGCGGCCGCGCCGAGCCCGAGGCCGUGCCCGGCACCGGAGCGCGGUGGCCGCUGGAGGAGGGGACGGUGCUGAGGUUCAGCAUGAGCCGGGCCAGCUCCGAGGUCAACGACAACAAGGUCACCGUCAGCUUUUACGCGGAGGGAGGGAAGCCCAUCAACCAAGCCGGGGUGUUCCUCACUGGUGUUGGGAUCUCCCUGGAUGUGGACGCAGAUCGGGAUGGAGUGGUGGAAAAGAACAGCCCCAACAAGGCGAGCUGGGCCUGGGGACCAGAGGGACACGGGGCCAUCCUGCUGGUCAGCUGUGACAAGGAGUUCCCCUUCAUCCCGCCCUCCGACUGCGACAGCGAGCAGGUGUUCAACAGGGAAGAUUUGCUGGACAUGGCUCAGAUGGUGCUGAGGACAGAGGGGCCCCAGCGCCUGCCCCGGGGCUAUGAAAUCGUCCUCUCCAUUUCUGUCAGUGACGCCGACAAAGUUGGGGUCUUCCAUGUGCAGAAUCCGUUCUUCGGGCAGCGCUACGUGCAGGUGCUGGGCCGCAGGAAGCUGUUCCACGCCGUGCCCUACCCCGGCGGGGCCGCCGAGCUCCACUUCUUCGUGGAGGGGCUGCGCUUCCCCGACGAGACCUUCUCCGGGCUGGUGUCCAUCCACGUCAGCCUCCUGGAGCCGCUGACCGAGGGCAUCCCUCACUCGCCGAUCUUCACGGACACCGUGGUGUUCCGGGUGGCACCGUGGAUCAUGACCCCCAACACCCUGGCCCCGGUGAACCUCUUGGUGUUCAGCAUGAAGGACAACUACCUGUUCACCAAGGAGAUCCAGAGCCUGGUGGCCAAGGCCGGCUGCAAGCUGAAGGUUUGCUUCGGCUACAUCAACCGCGGGGACCGCUGGAUGCAGGAUGAGAUCGAGCUCGGCUACACCCAGGCUCCCCACAAGAGCUUCCCAGUGGUGCUGGACUCCCCUCGGGAGAGAGGGAUGGAGCAACUCCCCGUCAAGGAGCUGCUGGGCCCCGAUUUUGGCUACGUGCACAAGGAGCCCCUCUUCGAGGCCGCAGCCAGCCUGGACUCCUUUGGGAACGUGGAGGUCAGCCCGCCCGUGUCCGUGGCUGGCAAGGAGUAUCCCUUGGGAAGGAUCCUCAUCGGCAGCAGCUUCCCCGCAUCCGCGGGCCGCAGGAUGACCAGGCUGGUGCGGGAUUUCCUCUACGCCCAGCGUGUCCAGGCCCCCGUGGAGCUCUACUCCGACUGGCUGGCCGUGGGCAACGUCAACGAGUUUGUCAACUUUGUCCCCAGCUCUGACAAAAAGAGAUUCCGGAUGCUGCUGGCCAGCCCGGCCGCCUGCUACCGGCUCUUCCGCGAGAAGCAGAAGGAGGGACAGGGAGAAGCCACCAUGUUCAAAGGGUACUCGGGGACAGACACCAAGCGCAUGACCAUCAACAAGGUGCUGUCCAACGACGUCCUGGCGCAGCAGAACCAGUACGUGCAGCGCUGCAUCGACUGGAACAGGGAUAUCCUCAAGAAGGAGCUGGGCUUGCUGGAGGAGGACAUCAUCGACCUGCCGGCCCUCUUCAAGCUGGACAAGCAGGGAAAAGCUGUUCCCUACUUCCCCAACACGGUCACCAUGAUCGUGCUGGCCAGGGACCUGGGCAUCCCCAAGCCGUUUGGGCCGGUGGCGGGCGGCGAGUGCUGCCUGGAGCGGCGGAUCCGCGCGCUGCUGGAGCCGCUGGGGCUGUGCUGCCGCUUCCUGGAGGACGUGUCCUCGUACCACGGCAGCCUGGGCGAGGUGCGCUGCGGCACCAACGUCCAGCGCCGGCCCUUCGCCUUCCAGUGGUGGCACUUCACGCCGUAGCCAGGCCUCUUCUUCAUCUUCUUCCUCCUCUUCCUCCUCCUUCUCCCUCCACCUUUGUCCUCAGCGUGUGUUGUUUGAAAUUCCCUUAAUAAAUGAUU